AUUUGAAAUAGGACUAAUACUAUAGAACGUGUCCGAAAACGUCACAAUGCUAUUGUGCAAUCGCAGUGGUUAUUUAAGAGCUCGCGUUGCGUUCUAGCUCAUCGCGUCGCGUGCGCGUUCCUCCUGCGCAAACCCCAGGUUGCCGGUUCCCAUGGUUUCCCGCAUCACAUGCGCGGCUUUCCUUACAAAAAAAGAUGCCAGCUCUUGAAUUCCCUGCCAUUUUUACGCCUGCGAAUUAGAGGACGCGCUCGGACACGAGAGGAAACAGACGCAGAUGGUGGAAUAGUGAGAAAUCCGUCGCUUUGCCUCUGCGGAUCACUCUUCUCAGCUGACGCGGCGAAACGGGACCGACUGCUGUAACGUUGCGCGCAAGAUCGGGCCGAAUUUUGCGCACAUUUCACCGUCAGGAAAUGAGUAUAGAAAUCCCCGAGGGCUUGACGGAGCUUCUGCAGAGCUUUACCGUGGAGGUCCUGAGGAACCAGCCGGCAGAUCUGCUGGAGUUCGCGCUGCAGUACUUCACGCGUCUCAAGGAGAACGAGACGCGCGGCGGCGCGUUCGGCAAUGAGCACAAUUCAGCCGCGCGAGCGGGGAAAGCCGUCAACUUCAUCGAGGAGGCCAUGCAGAUCGACUCCGAAAACGGAGAGGACGAGGACGACGAUGAAGAAUUCGUAGCUCCGGUUAUCAACAGAUUUGUCCGGAGAGCUUCUGUUUGUGCGGAGGCGUACAACCCUGAUGAGGAUGAAGAGGAGAGAGAACCCAGGGUCACUCACCCCAAAACAGACGAGCAGAGACAGAGACUACAGGAAGCCUGCAAAGACAUCCUACUGUUCAAAAACCUGGACCAGGAGCAGAUGUCACAAGUCUUGGAUGCCAUAUUUGAGAAGGUAGUGGUGACCGGAGAGCACAUCAUCGAUCAAGACGACGAUGGAGACAACUUCUACGUCAUUGAGAGAGGAACGUUUGACAUCAUGUUGAAAGUGGACGGCACCACGCGGACCGUGGGCUCUUAUGACAACCGUGGGAGUUUUGGAGAGCUGGCCCUCAUGUACAACACGCCGAGGGCCGCCACCAUCAUCGCUACCUCACCUGGAGCUCUGUGGUGCCUCGAUCGGUUGACAUUCAGAAGGAUCAUCUUAAAAAACAAUGCAAAGAAGAGAAAAAUGUACGAGGCUUUCAUCGGGACUCUUCCUCUGCUCACGUCACUGGAGGUUUCAGAGAGAAUGAAGGUUGUUGAUGUCUUGUCGACCAAAGUGUACAACAGUGGGGAACAGAUCAUUGCUCAGGGUGAUUUGGCAGAUUGUUUCUACAUCGUAGAGUCCGGACACGUUAGGAUCACUAUGAAGAGGAGCAAAUCGAAAAACGACACUGAAGACGAGGAGGUGGAGAUCGCCACAUGCUCAAGAGGUCAGUAUUUCGGAGAGCUGGCACUCGUCACUAACAAGCCACGGGCGGCUUCUGCAUACGCCAUGGACAACGUCAAAUGCUUAGUAAUGGACGUGCAGGCCUUUGAGAGAUUAUUAGGCCCCUGCAUGGACAUCAUGAAACGAAACAUAGCCAAUUACGAGGAGCAGCUGAUCACGCUCUUCGGGAGUCACAUCGCAAUAGAGGAGCCGAAUGCAUGAAAUCAGUUAAUCAAUAAACAUCGCAAACUUAUAAUGCAAUGUGAACGAUGAGAAGAUGGUAAGUAGAGGCCCGUCAUCAUGGUGGAGAAAUCGUGUUAACAUAGGUCAUAAGCUUGAAGUUAUUGUUUUGCAUUCACAGAUGUGAAACUCCGGUGUGUGUCUAUGAUCUUGGGGUUUUUUUUUAGAUGUGAAAAGCCAAAUGCGAGCACUUUCCUCCAGGGUACUCAAGGUUUAUGGGAGAUUCCUCAUGGUUAUUUGGUUUUGGGAUUUGGUACCAGUGUGUUUAUCUGAAUCUUUCUAAUUUUUUUUUAACUUGGUUUGUGUUUCUUUCACAUGCUGCAUCUUUUCCACACAAAGAGUGUGUUGUUAUGCCAUAUACAGCACUGUAAUAUGUUAACAUAUUCUUUUAAAGCUAUACUUCUGAAUUUUCAAAUCUGCCGUUGAGCAUUUGUCAGUGUUUUCAGUAUUAAGCAAAUAAUUUUUACUGCGAGCC